GUGUGCGGUGUACCAUUAUUCACUACAAUCCGUUUAGUUCUAGUUGUGAUGGGCGAAUUGAACUUCCGAAAGAAAUCAGGAUCUCCGUCCCGUAGAACCGGACAUACUUGCCACCUGGGGACUUGACAAUUUUUACCCGCAUGUAUUUACUGGUUCAUCGUCGUAAGUUUUUCUUCAUGUAUAUAUAGCAGGCAGUAAAAAUUUUGUAAGAACGCAAAAGAUGAUUCAUGCAGUAAAAUCACUCAGAACCCAAAUCGGAGCACCGUCAAACUCGGGUCGGAUCGCUUCCGGAGUCGUAUUAAGGCAGGCCACAACUAUUUCUAGCGAUCCAAACAGUAAACACAACAUGAACAAGGCAGAGUGUCCCGAUCAGAAAACUGGAGAUGUGAUGUCCCAAUCAUUUGGGGAAGGGUACGCGACGAGGUCCGAUGAAGAAGGAUUCGGAGGAGUGUUUUCGGACAACCAGACUUUUCCGAAGACGGAGCAGGAUCAGCUGAUCCAUGAGAACCACCCUGCUUAUGACAAGACACAGGGAAGCGAAGUCAAGGAGAAGGAGAAAGGGAGAUGCCAGACCCAGGCCAAUGCAUCUACAAACUAAUUAAGCAACCAAUGCCAAUAGCCCUAAUGUCUCUACAGAACGACUGCAUGGAUAAGUGGCUGUUUAUAUAGUUCCUUUUCAUUUUUUAUAAAGAUCGCAUCCAAAGUCUCAGUUUUUGUUAUGUGUGUUGAUCAUCAAGAGUGCAUGGACGCUUAAUUUGAGUGAUUGAACUAUAGAUUCUUCUUGGUAAUCCUAGCUAUACGUAAGUAUUAAUGCUAAUAAGUAAUCAUUCUUU